AUGCAGCUUAUGGGGCCCGGAGGCGUCCAAACCUGGUCAAAGCAAUUUGUCAAAGAGGGGGAGGCAUUGAAGAAGCUUGUGAAAGAGUUGGAAGACAGCAAGUCGGCUAAAGUCAAGAUCACUGCCUGUCGCCUCUCUAUUGCGGCGCUGGACACUCAUCUCCCAAUGCUGAUUGAGAAGAUGGAGGAUGCCAUUAAGGGCAUGGGUAUUCUGGGGACAAUCUUCGAUAACCAGGUUCUAGAAUUAGGACAUGUCAAGACUAAAUUGACUGAAACUAGUGAAGCCAUCGAUAGAGAUGGUGAUUUGAGGGGAAUUCUCAUCACAGUCGGAGUGGAAGAAGCUGCUACAAAGUACAAGGCGGUCAGUUUCAACACGUUCUUUGUUGGAGUUUUAGGAGUAAACUAA